UGUAACAUUAACAUAUUUUCAAAGUACAAUUAGCAUCAUAAGUUUAUAUAAUUUAAAUACGUAAGAUGUUUUUCUGAAACUAAGUUUUACCGCAAUCACAUCGCACAAGUAUAUAUGUACAUAUAGGCUUAACUUUGCGGCAAAAAACAAUAUAUCAUAAUAUAUGAAGUGAUCGAUUUGAUUAAUUUACAAGAAAAUCGAAACAGGGUACACAAAAUAUCAUAUAAAUAAAAACAUGAGCACAAAAUUUAUAUUUAUUGAAUCAAUGGACAUUUUAAGCACAAUACCUCAAUAUCAUAUAUUGAUAGGAGCAUUUUUGGUCUUCUGGCUCAUUUGGUUUAUUGGUAAGAGACGGCACAACAGAUAUAAUAGAGUGCCAACGGAAGAAGAAGUUGCAAAGAAACUUGCAGAAUGGAAUCCCGAACCACUUAUAAACAAUCCACAAACAUCUCAUCCAUCUUUAAAUCCAAGAUAUGUAACUUCUAGAGCAGGCAAAAUAAUAAUAGUUAAUGGAAAGGAUUGUCUGAAUCUGGGUACACAUAAUUAUCUGGGUUUAGUAGAAAACAAUGAAAUAGAGAAAACAGCAAUAGCAGCAGUAAGAAAAUAUGGAGUAGGAUCUUGUGGUCCACGUGGAUUCUAUGGUACCGUGGAUGUGCACCUUGAAUUAGAAGAACGUUUAGCAAAUUAUACAGACACAGAAGAGGCUGUAGUAUAUUCAUAUGGAUUUAGUACAAUAGCAUCUGCAAUAGCAGCAUAUUGUAAACGCAAAGAUCUUGUAUUUGUAGAUGAAAAAGUAAAUUUUGCCAUACAAAAAGGAUUAGAUGCAUCUAAAGCUAAUAUUAAGUAUUUUAAGCACAAUGAUGCAAAUGAUCUCCAUGAUUUAUUAAAGAAACAAGCAAUAAUUGAUGAGAAAAAUUAUAAAAAGGCAAGUAAGAUCAAACGUUUUUUAAUAGUUGAAGGUAUUUAUAUGAAUACUGGGAAAAUUUGUCCAUUGCCAGAUUUAGUUGCACUUUGUCAGAAAUAUAAAUUAAGAAUAUUCAUUGAUGAAUCAAUAUCAUUUGGUACCAUUGGAGCACAUGGAAAAGGUAUUACAGAAUAUUUUAAUAUUCCUAGGGACAACAUUGAUAUGAUUAUGGGAUCUUUGGAAUGGGCAGUAGGAUCUAUUGGUGGAUUUUGUGUAGGUACAUCUUUUGUUAUUGAACAUCAACGUUUAUCUGGACUUGGAUAUUGUUUUUCUGCAUCUCUACCACCUCUCUUGACAACUGCUGCUAUUACUUCCUUAGACAUUAUGAAAAAUAAUCCACAAAUGUUUGAGGUGCUAAAGGAGAAUUGUAUAGCUAUACAUAAUGGACUACAAGACAUUCACUGUCUUGAGUGUUCAAGUUUCUCAGAAUCUCCAGUAAAACAUGUAUAUUUGAAAGACAAAUUAGAUCGUAGUACAGAGGAAAAGUUACUUUCUAAAAUCUCUGAAAAAUGUAUAGAAAAUAAUUUAGCAAUUAUAACACCUGUGUAUUUGGAAGCAGAAAAGGAGUUACCCAGGCCUAGUUUAAGACUCUGCAUUUCCACUCUUCUUAAUAAAACUGAUAUUGAUUUUGUGCUAAAUAUGCUAAAGAAAUGUGCUGAAGAGAUUCUAUCACUGUAAAUCAGAAGACAAUCAAAAUAUUUUUGAAGAAAUCAAAUUUUAAAAUUAACACAUUUAUUCUGCAUGCAUACUAUUUAUGAACACUUAUGUACAAGAAUGCAUUCUUCGCACAAAUGCAUAACGAUUUCUCACCAGUUGUACAAGCAAAGUAUUUCUCUAUUCUAGAAAUUAUUUUUUAUUUCAUAUCAUAACAUUUCUCUGUAGUUAUGAUAUGUUUU